UGCUGACUGGGGUGUGGGCGGGGAGCGGCGGAGGGAGGAGGCAGAGCUGGCCGCCGCAGUUUGCCGCCGCCGCUGGGCGCCUAGGCAGAGCUUCCCGGGGUUCGUGCGGCCGCCAUGGACGAGCAGGCGGGUCCCGGCGUCUUCUUCAGCAACAACCACCCGGGUGCUGGCGGCGCUAAGGGACUCGGGCCUCUGGCGGAGGCUGCAGCGGCCGGAGACGGGGCUGCUGCGGCGGGGGCGGCCCGCGCUCAGUACAGCCUCCCCGGGAUCCUGCACUUCCUGCAGCACGAAUGGGCCCGCUUCGAGGUGGAGAGAGCCCAGUGGGAGGUGGAGCGGGCGGAGCUGCAGGCCCAGAUUGCCUUCCUUCAGGGGGAGAGGAAAGGUCAAGAAAACUUGAAGAAAGAUCUUGUGAGGAGGAUCAAAAUGUUGGAAUAUGCUCUGAAGCAGGAAAGAGCCAAGUACCACAAAUUGAAAUAUGGGACCGAACUGAAUCAGGGAGACAUGAAGCCUCCAAGCUAUGACUCUGAUGAAGGCAAUGAAACAGAGGUGCAGCCACAGCAAAAUAGCCAGUUAAUGUGGAAACAAGGCCGGCAGCUACUCAGACAGUAUCUCCAAGAGGUUGGCUACACAGAUACUAUUCUAGACGUGAAAUCCAAAAGAGUACGAGCAUUGUUGGGCUUCUCAAGUGAUGUCACUGACAGGGAAGAUGACAAAAACCAGGACUCGGUUAUAAAUGGCACAGAGGCUGAAGUUAAAGAGACAGCAAUGAUUGGAAAAUCUGAGUUAACGGAUUCUGCCUCUGUGCUGGACAACUUCAAGUUCCUUGAAAAUGCAGCUGCAGAUUUCAGUGAUGAAGAUGAGGACGAGGACGUUGAUGGAAGAGAGAAAAGUGUCAUUGAUACUUCCACAAUUGUUCGGAAAAAAGCAUUGCCUGAUAGCAGUGAGGAUCGAGACACAAAGGAAGCUCUGAAGGAGUUUGACUUCCUGGCCACAUCGGAGGACACAGACAGUCAAUCUAGAAGUGCAGGUGACGGCACCGACUGGGAAAAGGAAGACCAGUGUCUGGUGCCUGAAGCCUGGAAUGUGGACCAGGGAGUAAUCAGCAAGCUGAAGGAGCAAUACAAAAAGGAGAGGAAGGGCAAGAAAGGGGUGAAGAGAAAAACUACCGAAGAUCUGUUUCAGCCUCUAUCCUAUAUAAAACAGUCAAAACAGGGAUGUGGGAGAAUGAAGAAUCAGAGCCCAGGGCCCAAUAGGUCAAAACUACAAGACAUGCUUGCUAAUUUGAGAGAUGUUGAUGAACUUCCCUCAUUGCAGCCGUCUGUUGGCUCCCCUUCCAGACCCAGCAGCUCCAGGCUCCCUGAGCAGGAGGUCAGGAGGGCAGAUGAAGUGGAAGCCCUGACGUUUCCUCCUUCUUCUGGGAAGUCCUUUAUCAUGGCAGCAGAUGAAGCUCUCGAGAGUGAACUGGGCCUUGGAGAGUUAGCAGGCCUGACAGUGGCCAAUGAAGCAGACUCACUGGCUUAUGAUAUAGCAAAUAAUAAAGAUGCCUUGAGGAAGACGUGGAACCCUAAGUUUACGUUAAGAAGUCACUUUGAUGGCAUCCGCGCCCUUGCUUUCCACCCCAUCGAGCCCGUUUUAAUCACAGCGUCAGAGGACCACACACUGAAGAUGUGGAAUCUGCAGAAAACAGCCCCAGCCAAAAAGAGUACUUCUCUUGAUGUGGAGCCUAUCUAUACAUUCCGAGCUCAUAAAGGUCCGGUGCUGUGUGUGGUGAUGAGCAGCAAUGGUGAGCAGUGUUUCAGUGGUGGCACAGAUGGGCUGAUUCAGGGCUGGAACACUACCAACCCAAACAUCGAUCCCUAUGAUUCUUACGACCCUUCUGUUCUGAGAGGCCCUUUGCUGGGCCACACAGAUGCCGUGUGGGGGCUGGCCUACAGCGCAGCACACCAGCGCCUGCUGUCCUGCUCAGCAGAUGGCACUCUGCGUUUGUGGAAUACAACCGAGGUCGCUCCGGCACUGAGUGUGUUCAAUGAUAACCAAGAACUGGGAAUCCCUGCUUCUGUGGAUCUGGUGAGCAGUGACCCGAGCCAUAUGGUAGCAUCGUUCAGCAAAGGGUAUACAAGCAUCUUUAACAUGGAGACACAGCAGCGAGUCCUCACUUUAGAAUCCAAGCUAGACUCAACAGCCAAUUCUUCCUGCCAAAUAAAUAGAGUCAUCAGCCAUCCCACUCUUCCAAUCAGCAUCACUGCUCACGAAGACAGGCACAUCAAAUUCUAUGAUAACAAUACAGGCAAACUGAUCCACUCGAUGGUAGCCCACCUAGAAGCUGUUACAAGCUUAGCAGUUGAUCCAAACGGCCUGUACUUGAUGUCUGGCAGUCAUGACUGUUCAAUACGCCUAUGGAAUUUAGAAAGUAAGACAUGUAUCCAAGAGUUCACAGCUCAUCGGAAAAAAUUUGAAGAAUCGAUCCAUGAUGUAGCAUUCCACCCUUCCAAAUGCUAUAUAGCCAGUGCUGGAGCCGACGCACUGGCUAAGGUCUUUGUAUGAUGUGAUGCAUUGACUUCACCUUCUAGCUCUUUAUAAAAGUCAGCUGCACAACAGAGAUGCAGAAGAGCAGGGCAAGCAUCAACUCACCCUGCCCUUUUGUUCUGCUGAAGGAGCACAGAGAACAUUUGUUAAAGUGUGGUUUUGCAAUUCGUGCACUGUUUUCUAAAGUGAAGGUUUGUUCAGGUUGCUGCAAGCUCAGCUGACUCUGUGAGCCUGAAAACUUUCACAUUUCCCCCCAAAGAGGCACUUUUAUUUCUGAAGUUAUUCUCAUUCGCUAGGCAGGCCUGAGCGAAACAGGUUUAGCGUCUCCCUUCCUUCCGAGUAAACAGGGCAUGCUGUCUGUGAUGGAUAGUUAAAAGUUGAAUGGCUGGGAAUGAGUAGAGCGGGAACUUGGAUAUACUCUACCCUGAGACAUCUGCUGAACAUAUUACAUAGUCAGAUUGAACUAUCUGUUCUACGAAUUCUAUUGUGUACAAUGACCAGACAGUGUUCAAAUGAGUUUCUAACAUAGCUCUCCGUUCAGCUGUUCCCAUAAAGCACGUGGCAAAGUGUUUCACCUAUUAGGAGGAAAAGAUGCAAUAAUAUGUUAAGUAUAUUAUUCAGAAAUGCUAACAUAUUUAGUUUGCAAGCAGAUUUCUAUAUUGUAUUACAAUUUUGAAAGUAACUGUGGUACCACUCUGAAGUUUAGCUGUCCAGCACCCAUUAUGGAGAGUAGUUAAGGGAGCCUGCUCUACUAAAGAUUUUUAACUUACCCAGGUUUGAGAUUGUUUAUUUUUAAGGGCAAACAGGGACCAUCUCUAUAAUAAUUUGCUUAAAAAUUCACCUCAUUUGUGUGGUAUUUACAGUGCUAGAGUGAUUAUUUCAUGUUGAUGAAAUUUAUUUCCUAAGUGACUGAAGAAGAAGGCUACUAUCAGCUCCCAUUUCUCAACACCAUGUAAUUGGUUCAGAAAAUCCUCACUCUUCCUUCCCUGCCUCUCGUGUUCAUGUUGUCUGACACCUACCAUAAACAGUUUAUAAUUAUCAUGUUGUGAGGUCACCUCAGGCAGCUGCCUUCGCAGCAGCCUGCUUAAUAAAGCAGUGCACCCUGGAGGUCUGCUACUAGUGCGUCUACGAAGAGCCUCGUAGAGAUCUCGAUGGAAGGUCUGCCAGGUUCUGCCUCCUCCCCUCCCCGUUUUUUAAUUGGAGCACACAUGUUAAUGAACAGUGAACCAGGACUGUACCUAGAGAAAACCAUGUCUGUGACCUCUGUGUGGUCAGCUUUUGGGAGUUUGAGUCCUGCUGACUAAGCGAGUGCCCACCGUGCAGACCUCGUACCUCUAACUGUGGGUGCCCUUCAUGGCCUUCACACUCCUUCUCUGCCAGAUGACAGAACAGUCUAAAUAUUAAACAUGAAUUAAUGUUCACCAUUCCACCAGAAUGUGUGCACCAAAUGUUAUAUCUAUAAAUAUAACCCAUUACAAAUGAUUCCAUUGCCAUAGCCAUGGCAUUUCUGGUGGUCUGUUCUUUGAAAUAGCAUUCUCAUGGUGAUAUGGGUAAUUAUUGACUUUUUAAAAGUUUCUGCUCAUCUGCCUUUAGAAUUCUCCAGUGUGCAGGCAGAUUUUCAUUAACAUUGGAAGACCCAUACUACUGUAGACAUGCUGUAGAUUUUAGUAACUACAUUUUAUCUUUGUGCUUUGACUAACAAGCAGACCUAAGAGACUGACUGGUAUACACAGUGAAUUGCUUGUUUUUGUGCAGAUCAAGAAUUUUACACUGUUGUGAUUUUCCAUCCUUCGUAAAGUGAGCAAAAGGGUUUCCUAACCCAACAUUUUUAGAAUAUUAGAAGACUCCAGGAAGAAGUAGUGUAUUUAUGACCACAGUUAUUUUCCAAAGCCUUCAGUGUAUGUCUUACCCUUGUCACCAACAUUCUGGAAACCAGGAGAGGCUGCCCUGUUUGUUCUCUGUCGCUUGGUUGGGUGGGAAAUAAUCCUAAGAUAGGCAAAGUGUAAUACAAAUGAUAGAACUGUUGAAGGUUUCUUAGCCAGUGUGCUUUGUGCCAUUGAAAACUGUACAUAGAAAGAUUCUUCUAAACUAGCCCUGUUUGCUCUCAGCCUGGACAUGAGCCAAAGCUGUCUUCCAGCCAGAUGGCAGUAGCAUGGACAUUUGUCUGACUUUCCCCGUCCUAAUGAACACUUUCAAGAUUCAGAAUCAUUGAAAUGCUUUCAUAAAUAUUUACUGGAUUGUAAUAUUCUGGGUGAACUGUUUUGAAAUAGUAUGAGAAUCAGCAGGUGGUUAGGUCCCUGCCUUAUUUUCAUGUGCUAUGGAUACGUCUUUGGGAGCUAACAGUACCUGUCUCAAAACGCAGCUGUCACAGGGAGCUCAUUUGCUACCCAAACCAUAGGCAAAUAAGUGAUAUAACGACCUUCAGUAUUUUUCUAUUGAACAAAUUUAUCAAUUUUUGCCAUUAAACAGAUAAUUAGUUAUGCAAAGUAUUUAGCUUUUGUAAUCAUUUAGUUGUAACUAAAAGGGGAAAAUUGAACUGUAUCACUGAUAAUGAACUUUGUGAGAAAUUAUUUGUUUAUCUGACUUCCAUUCCUUCAGUAUUCUUGCUAUAAAUUUCUUUUGGAGAUAUUGAUUCUUUAUUUGAAAGAUGUCUAAAAAUGUAUGUAUAUUUUAUAAAUAUAUAUUAUAUAUAUUAUAGGGAUAUAUAUAAUAUAUAGACUAUAUAUAUAUAUCUAAACCAUGGGUGCAUUUUACUGUUGUGUUCUCAUUUUUGGAGGUAGUAUACUCAGAAGUUGAUGAGUAUGACGAGUGUUGUGCUGUUUGCUUUUGCAGUAUAAUAUAUAGUUCUAAGUGUUUAAAUUACUGUAUAUACUAUAUUCAUUAUAGGCUAGCAUGCUUGUUUUAAAGACUGUCAUUCUAGUUUAUUAAAAUCUGAAUGUAAGAAAACCUGGCUAUUCAAAUGUGAAUUGAAAAGAUUCCAUUCUCAGUGCUCAACUAUUUCCAUUGAACAUUCAAGCUUUUUGACAAAAUGUGUCAUCAAGAAGGCAAUAGCUAGAAAGUGAGAGGUGCCUUUAAAAAAUCUACAAAUGCAGCCUUACAGCGAGGGUGAAGAUUGAAUCUGUGUCAGGGAGCGGGAUGGGGAAGAGAAAGCGUGUGUGCGUGCGUGUGUUGUGUUUGCCAAUCUGUAAAAUCCUGAUUUGUGACAGUCAGUGUCUUAAUGUAUCUGCUCAGCUUCUAGGGCCCCAGGGGACAUUUUAUGCAUAGUCUUCGUGCUCUUUGGAGCACCUUAUAUGCUUCCCGAGAGUUUCAAAUGUGAAUUCCCAGAAAAUUCAGUAAAGAAUAAAAUGGCUGUUUUUUGAAUUAAAAUCGACUUCAGAUAACAAAGUAUUGGUUCCCCAGAACUAUGGGCUUCUUAUUGAUGAUGUACUUUUUAAAAACUUGUUUUUUUUUCAGUACUUCAUAUAUUUCCCCACUCACAAGAGUAUGUCAUGAAAUUCUUAUAUGAUGAGGUUUGAACCAGUAAAAAUUGUUUUCAGAUGAAACACUUGAACUAAUUAAAAUUCCACCUAAGAAUAGUCUUGGGAAAUUGAAAUGGCCUCUCUCAUAUCUACCUCAUUGUCAUUGCUGCCAUUUUCGCAAGGACAGAUCUCUGUGGCGUUAGAAAUGACGGUUGAUGCAAUUUGAACAUCUGCGCUUGUUGGUGCUUCUCUCACUCGUGUCUUCACAAAGGGUUACUUUUAGGGGUUUUGUUUGUUUGUUUGUUUUUUGCUUAUUUGUCAGUUUUGUUUUCCUCAAGGAUGACUUAAAAUACCACCCGUGUUCUUAGUGAGUGGGGAGAGUUUUAGUCCCUGGUUGUUAUGUGUAAUAUUUUUAACCAAGAAUGAAAUUGUUACUGAAUUUACCUGAAACUCCAGGCAUAGUGGCACACUCUUUAACCCAAGCACUUGAGAGGUGCAGACAAGAAGACUCCAGGUUCAAGUUUAUCCCCAGCUCUGUGGGGAGUUCAAGGCCAGCCUGGGCCACAUGAGCCCUUGUCACAAAACAACAACACAAAGUUUACCUGGGGUGGGGGAGAAACUGUGAUUUUAUUUGGCUUACUUUAUUCUUUACUUCCACACUCUUAGGUAUAUAAUUACUCACUUCACUGGCUUAGAAGUUGCCUCCAUGACUGUGUUACUUGUAUACUGCAGUACUCAGAGUGUUUGACACUGGGAUUCUGAUUGUACAAAAGUAGUAUCUGGUGUGUGUGUGUGGGGGGGGUAUCAUUUCCUAAAGUCCAUUUUAGUCUAAGGUCAGAAGAUGAAUAAAUCUCUGUUUAGCAGGUAAACAAUUAGAAUCAGUUUUACAUUUGCCACUGGAAGCUUUGUAAGUGCUCAUAUCAAGCAUGCAGUGAGGUCUCCGUGUCAGUGGAAGGAGCUCCACAUUGGCCAAGUAUUUAAUAGAACCUUCACAUCACUUUUGUUGUUAGGUGUUUACCGUUGAGGAGCUUUAUGUUAGAUCAAGAGAGCUUUAGAUUUCAUUUAACUGGAACCACAUGCUCAUCACCCCUCUGGUGCAAAUUAGAAAGUUGAUGUUAAUUUAAGUUAACUUCAGUGUCUGCCUGGGUUUUUACCAGGCUGUGAACCAGUGAGUGCCUUGUUAAUGUAGAGUGAUUUUCCCCGGUGUACGUUAGCUCUUUCUGAAAGGAUCUCAGAGACUGGGGUUUGAAGUGACUUGUGCAAAGCUGCUGAGUUGACAGUACAGCAUUAGGAAGUCUUUGGUCUGCCAUGUUCCUUCUGCUCUUCCUGCUUUCUCUUCAUUGGCUGAUAUUGGCCUCUUGUGAGAAAACUAACAUAGCCCCCUUCACAUAAUGUUUUUCAUUUCGGAUUAAGGAGUAUCCCCUGUCCCACCCCAGCUAUAUGAUCCAAUGCCUGUUUUUAGGAAGAACCACUUCUUUGCAAUACUAAAAAUCUUACCACUUAUUUUAUGUCUUCUCAUCAGUUUACUGGAGUGAACCUCAGGGUAUCAUCAGUUCAGAAUCCCAGGUAACCCUUUCUCUCCACACCCAAACCCCCAGCUGGUGAACCCUGGGCCAGAUUGUUUGAUAUUCAGGUGUCUUCAAUUUUAGUUAUAAUAUCAAUUAAUGUAAAUCCAAAUGCUAAUUUUUGUGGUGCAAGAAGUUCCUUUUGUAAAUUCAGGGUAUGAAUAAGCUAAUAAUAAUAUCCAGUUUUGGUGGCUCUGAGUGUAUUGUUUGUUUUUAAAUAAAGUGUACAAAAUAGUUAA